AUGAGUCAACUUCGUCUUUUUAAAGCAACAGAUAUAUUUUCGUUUAAUAAUAUAAAUCUUGAUAUUUUAACAGAAACAUACAAUAUUUCCUUUUAUCUUUCAUAUCUAGCAACAUGGCCUAACUUAUUUCUGGUCCAAGAAACAUCAUUAUUUGAAGAAAAGCCGAAAUUGAUGGGUUAUGUAAUGGGAAAAACAGAAGGUAUGAAAAAACAAUGGCAUGGUCAUAUUACAGCCCUGUCUGUUGCAUCGGAAUAUCGUCGACUUGGUGUUGCCCGUGAUCUUAUAAAACUAUUUGAAGAUAUAAGUGAAAAUAUCUAUAAUGGAUAUUUUGUAGAUUUGUUUGUACGGCUUAAUAAUCUUGCUGCAAUUAGUAUGUAUAAAUCCUUUGGAUAUUCUGUUUUUCGCAGGGUGAUAAAAUACUACAAUGGAAGCAAAGGCGAUGAUGAAGACGCGUUAGAUAUGCGGAAACCGCUUCGCCGAGAUAAAUUCAGGGAAAGCAUAAGGGAAAAUGGAGAAAAAAUAUUUAUAUUACCAGAAGAUAUUUAUUUCUAG